GUGGCAGUAGCGUUUUAGAGGGAAUGCAGUGAUGCUUCAGCAGAAGUGGCUGAGCGAGCCUAUGGAAUAGCUUGCAGCCAAGCAGAAAAAGAGAGAAAAAAAAAAAAGAUGUUUUUUGGUUUAUUUCUCUCUCUCAACAUCGCUGAAAAGGGAUCUCAGGAGACCCGAGUCAGGACAACGCGACCCGCAGGCAGCGGAGGCCCGGCGUGCCCGCGGGCCGGGCCAGGCCGAGGGGGGCCGGGGCAGCCCGACCAGCCGGCAGGGCCCCCCCGCGGGGCUCACAGCGGCCGGGGGCAGCCGGGGGCCCCCUGCUGGGCCCGGUGCCCGCGGCCGGCGGAACGCAGCGGCGGGCGCAGGUUGCGGCGGGCCGCUUUGAGGCGGGCACAGCGCGGCGCGGCGCGGCGGGCCGCCGGGGCGGCAUGAGGGAGCUGGCGGCCGGCCUGAGGAUGGAGGGCGACAUCUUGGACGCGUUGGAGGCUCUGGGGUACACAGGUCCCCUUUUGGAGGAGGAAGCCCUGAAAAAAGCAGUGGAAAAUGGAUUGUCUUCACCAGAGUUUUUUGACCUCUGUGUUUGGUUAGGGUCCCAAAUAAAGCCACUUUGUAACAUGGAAGAAAGUAUCACGCCAACAGAUGGUGAUAAAGAUAUAGAGAGCUUCCAGCUUGAGAUUAGUGGCUUUCUGAGAGAAAUGGCUUGUCCGUAUUCAUCGCUUAUAUCUGGAGACAUAAAAGACAGAUUAAAAGAGAAAGAAGAUUGUCUUAAACUCCUCUUAUUUCUAAGUACAGAACUCCAAGCUUUGAAGAUAUUGCACAGCAAGAAGAGUAAAGGCUCUCAUUUGGAAAAGCACAAUGAAAUUUAUCAGGAAGUACAAGCUAUUUGUGAUGCACUGGGCCUGCCAAACUCAUCACCUGAUAUUCCUCCCUUGUUAACCAAGGUGGAACAAAAGAUAAAGGACGUUCUCUCAAAAGUUCAAAAAAACCAUGUGGGGAAGUCACUGCUAACAAAACCUCUGAAUUCUGAUCAAGUGGAAAGAUUGGAAAAAAUCAAUGAUGCUCUUCGCAGUGAGUAUGAAUGUCGCCGUCGUAUGUUAAUGAAGAGGCUAGAUGUGACAGUGCAGUCUUUUGGCUGGUCCGAUAGAGCAAAGGUAAAGACAGAUGACAUAGCACGCAUCUAUCAGCCCAAGCGCUACGCAUUAUCUCCAAAGUCAACUAUAACAUUAGCUCACCUUCUUGCUGCUCGAGAAGAUUUAUCAAAGAUCAUAAGAACAAGUAGUGGAUCAACACGGGAAAAGACAGUCUGUGCGAUCAACAAGGUUCUUAUGGGGAGAGUACCUGAUCGUGGAGGCAGACCAACAGAGAUUGAACCACCACCUCCUGAAAUGCCUCCGUGGCAGAAAAGACAAGAAGGUGGCGGAAGAGGUGGCUGGGGAGGUGGUGGUGGAAGGGGCGGCUGGGGUGGUGGAGGGGGUCGAGGAGGAGGAGGAGGUGGUGGUGGUGGUUUUGGAGGUGGGGGUUUCAGAGGUGGUGGAAGAGGUGGAGGUGGCUUCCAAGGUGGAGGUGGCUUCCAAGGUGGAGGUGGCAGGGGAGGUUAUGGUGGCAGGGGUGGUUACGGAGAUCCAUAUGGUGGAAGAGGAGGUGGAGGAUACCGGCGAUACUAAAAAAAAAAAACAAACAAAAAAAAAAAACAAAAAAAAACCUACAACAAACAACAAAAAACUGUAAAUACUAAGAGUAACUGGCAAAAUAUAGUGGUGGUGUUUACUGGUAAUCAGAAAUUUAGCUAUGGUACCUUUGGUUUAGGUUAGAUUUAAGUAUGACCAUAUGAAUCAUUGCUUUAGACCAACUGAUGUUGUCAUUGAAUUCUUUUAGUUAACUGAACAGAAGUUUUAUACUAAAAUAUUAUGACUAGAAUCCUUGUUUUUCGUACCGGUCAUAUUUUUUUUAUGUCCUCUUAUUUAAAAUAAGCCUCAGAAAAUUGAAUAAAAACCUUUUUAAAGUAAAAAUAAUUUUUGAUGUUCAGGCCUCUCUAAUUAUUGCAUGUUGCAUGUCCAUUCCCUUGCUCCUAAAACUGUAUAGUAUGGAGAGAGAGGAGAAAAAACCAAAAAAAACAAACAAACAAACAAACAAAAAAAAAAAAACAAAAAAAAAAAACGGGCCUAAGAACCAGAGGGAAACACUUUCAGAAGAAUGCUGCUUUCAGGCUUUUCUCUUCAUCCAGUUUUCUUAUCAGACAUGUAGAAGAAUUUAGAUGUUAAAACCCGUAAGGCUUUGGUCAAAAUUAUUCAUUUAGGUUUCUUAUUAUUCCAAAACUUGUCAUAAAAGUAAUAUUCUGAAUUACUUCUCUAGAGAAACUGAUAAAAUUAGGUAGCUUUGUGUGUUCAUAAAUAUAUUAGAGACCAAUUGAAAGUCAAAGUUUGUACCAUAAAAUCAGAAUAAUGGUGACUUUUUUUAAUGUUUAUUAUCAUUUUACCUGUUUUCCAUUUUAUUGAGGUUUCAUAAAAGUAUUUUAAGAUCAGAUUGAGCUGGAAAUGUCUGCAAUUGUCAUGUCCAGUGGGAGUUCAUUCCUUUUGCAUCAGCCUUUAAAAAUAAAGGUUGAGUAAAGCUGAGCUUUCUGAGAAAGAACGUGCCAUUUCUUCUUCUUUUCCAUUUUUUUUUUCCCUCCCGCUUGGUAAGGUAUCUCAUACAAAAGUUGUUCUUCCCCAUUGAGUUCUCUGGAAAAAGUGCAAUUGCAAUUUUCAAAGGCUUUUCUUCUCUUAUUCUGCCAACCAAAUGGUCUGAUAACUUAAAAGAAAUUCUGCCUUGAUAUGAUAUGGAUAUCUUCUUCACACACAGUGCUACUCUAGGAGAAGAGCAUCUAGGUGAGGAGUUAGAUUUUGUAUAAUUACGGCUGUAAAUACAUAUAGGCAAGUUCACGGCUGUCAGUUAAAGAAGGCAAUUUCUGUUGUCCAGCUUCUUGAGAUCUCCCCUGUUAUGAUGCUACCUGAGUAGAUGUGGAACAGGGAGACAAUGCCCAAGUGUAUAUUCAUGACAGUAUUUAUCAGGAUCACAUUACUGCAGAGAGAUUCAGGAAGACAUCUGAUAAACCUGGGCAUGUGUGUUGGCAUAGCACAGAAACCUUCCAGCACUUCCACUGAAUAUAUAACUUAGUCUUAACUGCAGGUUGAACUCUUAAGAUUUGAUUGUAGUUUAUGUUCCACAGUUAUGAGGUGUGGUUUUCUUGUUUUUUGUUUUUUCACAAAUCUACUGUUGGUGUCUGUAUUUGGUCUGCUUUCAAGUUGUUACCCUGUCUUCAGGGACACGUGCAUCGUGUCCUCAGUUACAGAGGCAGAUGUGCACGAAUGUAAAGCUCUGUUUAAAAUUGGGAUUAUCUAUCACAUCCUUUAAAAGCCUGUGUAAGAUGUUAUUAAUUAGUCACCACCAACACGUUCAGUUGAAAUCUUAGUCUAGAUAACUUGAAAAUUCCCUCCUGGAACUUCCCUGAAUGCUUGUUCGAGUAUGCUGCUUUAUGAUGGGACUGAUGGAGUCUUAUCCAUACCUGGGGUCCUAGCAGGUGCCUACCAAAAAAGGGCAGUUUUCCUUGCUUGAACACAUUGGCUUGGAUGUAAACUUGGUGCAAUGAGUUGACUCUGCUGGCUUAACUUCACCUACCUGCUAGCAGUAUGGUUUCUUUUAUCACUUUUUCCUAUGCUCAUUUCUGUUGUCAGUGUCUGCUGUCAUUGCAGAGGUCUUCAUGGGUCAUGUGGAAACAUGGCACUGGUUUACUUGCUUUUGAGCUUGAUUUUUGCCUAGUGCUAUAGAACGGCUCGCAAGUUCAUGACAUUCUGGGUGAGUCUACUGGCCUUGGACUUGAGAAGUAUUGAUCAGCAAGGGAGUGGAAAGAGUAAGUUUUAACAAAAAAAGCCUUAAUUUUAAGUUUUGUUUCCUCAUUCCAGUGAUGUUGUUUCUGUUACAAGUAAUUUCUGAACUGCAGCCAAGCAUUUAGUAAUAUCAAGGAAAUUCGGGUGGUUUGUCUCGACAUAAAAAUUUCAUCAGUCAAGAUCUGAAAUUGCACCGGUUUAGUUGAACUGUUUUAACUGUGUAUGUGGAUGUGUCUUGGUGCUUUUAUGCUCACCAGUUCAUAUAGUUUGUAACAGGGAAGGCAGUUUGGAAUGAAAUAGACCGUCAGGUAAACCAGCUGUGUGCCCACAUCCAAUUCUAGCAGUUAAGUAUGCCAAUAUCUUAGUUCAAUUGUAUUGAUGUGGGCCAUGUAGAAGACAAUAGUUUAAAUAGGAGGAAGUUUUGUUGGAGAUUUUUUUAAUUCAAGCAAUUUCAUUUUUUUCUUGAAUAAUUCCAAAAUGCGAAGGCAGUAGUAGAAAAGUAAUGUAAGCACCACCACCUUUCAUAAAGGUAUCCUUUUCUCAGUUUCGUUUGCUGUCAGAAUGUAUGUUUUUAUCAAAAGAUACAAAGAUACAAUAAUAUCAUUAAAAUAAUUUUAAGAAGAGGUUUAAAUCAAUUUUCUGUUUCAGUCCUGACAAAAAGUAUUGUCAGAACAAAAAUUCUGUUGUAAUUUUUUUUCAUAUAUAUGUUUGUAAGCAUUUUUGUGUUUUAGUGAAUGGGUUUGGUUGCUUGAGAAUUGGGAAAAAAAAAAAUUUGUGUCAGGUUUUGAGACUUUUGUUAACAGCUGUAAACACUGAGGAAUAAAGUACUGUAUUUGAAGUUA